GUCCAUCGGCGCUUUACGGCAGCACACAGUUCCGUCACACAAUCACGAACUGUGGCGUCGCUCUGCUAUUUAAAAAGAUAAGAAGAAACGGAUACGUUUAAGCUUAAUGUGAAUCCAUGGGGGGUAAGAAUAAACAGCGAACCAAAGGAAAUGUUCGGCCGUCCAGUAGCGGCCGAGCCGCCGCCGUACUGACCCGGGACGGGGGGGCGAUCCCGGGGUUCGUGGGCUUCGACACCGCGGUCACGUCGGAGCUGAGUUACGUCCCCGCCGUCCACGGCGCGGAGGAGAUCGACAACCUGGUAGAUGCCGACUUCCGCCUGGUGCUCCGGAAACUCUCCAAGAGGGAUGUCGUGACCAGACUGAAGGCGGUGCAGGACUUUGGGUCCAUGUGUCAGGAACGGGAUGCUGAAGAGGUGAAAGGGGUCCUGCCGUACUGGCCGAGGAUUUACUGCAAGAUAUCAGUGGACCACGAUCGCCGGAUCAGGGAGGCCACUCAACAGGCUUUUGAGCAGCUGGUGCUGAAAGUGCGCCGCAGCUUGGCCCCCAUUCUGAAGAGCUUGAUGGGCCACUGGAUUCUGUCCCAGUGUGACACUUACACACCCGCAGCUUCGGCCGCGUGCCAGGCCUUCCAGGCGGCUUUCUCGCCCGGGAAGCAGCCGGAGGCCAUCGGCUUCUGCAAGGACGAUAUCCUCAACGUGCUUCAAGAUGUUUUGUUGAAGGAAACGGCCGACACGCUGAGCGAUCCGCAAAGCGUGACGGAGGAGGAGAGGGAGAGCAAAUAUGUGCGAAUGGUGACCAGCUCUCUGUUGGGCGUGAGGAGACUGCUCUCCCUGCUGCUCCAGAGUGACCGGACGGCCCUGGAGGAAAGACUGGCGCAUCUUCUGAACUCUGGGAAGUUCUGGAAGUACAGCAAGCACAAGACGCCACAGGUGCGAGGGGCGUUCUUUGAGACGAUGUGCGCUCUGUGUGAGUUCACUCCAGGACUCGUGCAGGCUGAAGCAGCCCGACUCUGCCCCGCUGUUCUCCUCAGCAUUGACGACACGGAUCCUGUAGUGCUGCCGCCCGUCUGGGAGGCUGUUCUUCACGUUGUCACUACGAUCCCGGAUUCUUGGACACAUGUGAAUGCUAAGAAGGGCUUCUUACCUAAACUUUGGUCUCUUUUAAAAGUGGCUGGCAAAGGCAUGGCUAAGGCCCUCCACCCUAAUCUAAUGCCCCUCCUCAGCAAACUGCCCCAGCAGGUCACAGAUCCGACCUUGGACUUCUACACCACCUUCUUCUCUUCAGUCAUACAAGGUCUGUCCAGUGAACGUGCUGUGACCAGUCCCUCUGAAAGUGCGGUUAUAGUGACCUCUGUUGUUGAGUGCUUGAGGUACUGCAUACUGCACAGCACAGAAGACGAGGAGGAACAGAAAAAGAUCCGGACCAUGCUCCUUUCCCAGCAGCUCUUGCCGCUUCUAGAAAAGGCUCUUGGGGACCCCUCCCUUCAAAAUGGUCCUCUCUUCCUUUUGGUCACUGAAUUGCUUAUUUCCUGGGAGAAAAAGGCCGGCCUACGCGGUGACGAUGAAGACGAAGCUGAUGACAGCAGUGACAUCUUUCAAGUGCUCCUGGCAGACUUCUGGGAGGGACUGGGUCGUUUGUUUGUGCGUUACGCCGACAAUGAGGAUGCAGAUCCUCAGGCUUUGGAAGGAGUAGCCACCUUGCUGCAGGUAAUGCGCUACCCUGAGAGGGUGAAAAAGAAGCGCGCCCAGAAGAAGAAAUCUGUCAAGAUCUGUUUCUCUAAGCCAGAGAACAAUGAGAAAACUGUCGUUGAGGCCGAAGGUGUUGAGAAGCCCGUUCCGACGGCGUCGGAGCUGCUGAAUGAGAAGCCCCUCGGGUCCCUGCAGACCCAGCACUUCGAGGACGUGGUGUGUCAGCUGGCCCAACUGUGCCUGGUGCAUGUGAAUGAGAAGCACUCGGAGAGGCACCUUGUUUUCCUCUCCCUGCUGCUGCAGUCUUUCCACACGCCCAGGGUCUUCAGUACGUUGGUUGAGUUGGACGACAAAACGACACCGGGCAGCGAGCAGAGGGACGAGCUGACCAUGAAGAAUCCAGCCAUGCAGUUCCUGCUGGAGCAGGCGGUGGAGUGGCUGGCCGAGAGGGAGCGCACGGACACCGAGCACUUGGUGGAGAUGGUCUUCAGCUCGCUCCACUGCUGCAGCCCGCAGGAGAUCACCCGCAUCCUCAAUCACAUCACCACGAUGGGUUUACGGUGGGGAAUCAUCCUGCAAAUCUUCCAGAGGGCGAGCACGGACCCCGAGGCGCUCAUAAGCUGUCACGAUUGGCUGAAGGGUUCGGUUCUCGGCGAGCAGCUCCUUGGAUUGACUGAGGAGCUCUGCGACGUGCGAGGAAACGCUCCCGCUUCUACCGCUUCCACCAGCAACCACAGCUGGACACUCAUCAGCAUGGUCCUCUCGCAGCACCACAACAAUGGGCCUGUCAUAGGGGAGGUGUACAUGGAGAAGAUAUUAAAGAGGCUCCAUGCCACACUCUCUGAGACCAAGAGUCUGUCCGAUGCAGGCAACACGGAGCCACUCAUCUGCUUCAUCUGCGACGUGGCUUCCACCUUCUUCUCUUCUGUGCAAGACUGUCUUCUGCUCCUCUCUGCCGAGGAACUGCUGCUCACCGUCUUCCAGCUCACCGCCCAGGAUCCAACGCACACGCACCUUUCAGACUCUCUUUUGGAUAAGCUGAGGAAGGUGUGUGUGGCUGGGGUCCAGUCAUUGGUUCAACACUCUGAAUAUGAGGUCAAGAAAGGUGGUUUCCUGCACAGGGCAGCCGUUUGGGUUGUGAAGCAACUACUCACAGUUUCUCUGGAUAUUAAAAGUUUGCAGGUUCUAAUAGGGGCGGUGCAGAGCUUAGUGGAGACGAUCAUCUCCGUCUGCGAUAAAGAUUCCCCCCUCCCCGCCCGCUUCUUCACACAGCUGAUGCCCAGUCAGACAGAAUGGACCAGAAUAAGACAGGAUCUGCCUCCUCAGUGGGUCAAAACUCCUUUACUGACCGGCUGUUACCGCGGAGUUUGUGAAAAACCCUCCAUGGAAAUGUGGAAGUUGAGGGUUUCAGCCCGGCCACCUGCCCACCUUUGUGCCUGUGCCCUGUUGGGGAGGGUGGCCCAGACUGUUGCAUUCACACCUUGCGACAAAAAGGAGGCCGACUGGGAUUCUCCCUUGCCGAAGCUUCAAUACACAGUUUCAGAACUGUUGUAUGCUCUGCAGUGGUGUAAGGAGGUCGGGGACAUCGCUGCCUUUCACAGCCUGCUGACUGACUCGGGGCUCUUGGGUCUCCAGAGCCAGGUUCCAAUGAAAGACCUGCUGGAGACACUCUACUCGAGGUCAGUGGAGGGUGGGGGUCUCUGGUCUCUGACUCUAGGGAACUACAUCCACACCAAUAAAUUGGCAGCCACACACAGCGGAACCCUGAGAACGCUUUACGGCAGCGCAGACAGUUUGUUCCCAGUGUCUCACAGCAAACUGAGCACGCUCCAGGUGCUGUGCCCCACCAUGACCAAAGAGGACAGAGAGACUCUCGUUGCUCUGGCAACUGCUGGAAUAAUCAACUGGCAAGAAAAUGACGACGUGUAUGGGUGUCUAGCGGUACUGCUGUGCUGCCUAAAAGCCGACACGCAUGUAGAGGACGAGGUUCUGCAGGCUAUCCUGGCCACCGUGAUGGAGUGGAGGAGCGGCAAGGAGGAUUGGUUCCUCUUUAGCAGUGAUCUGUCCAAAGCAACGGCACCGCAGUUGAACCUCGCUGUGGAGAUGAUGCGUUUCCUGUCCUGGCUGGUGCCUAAUUGUCCGAGCGUUCUCGGGGCCGGCCAGUGGGAUUUCCUGCUCUGCUCCAUGUUGGCUUGGUUGGAGACUUCCAGUGAGAAUGUGAGCAGCUUGUGGAACCCGUGGGUGCAGUUGUUCGUGUGCGAGAAUGCUGCCGUGAUCGUGGCGCUGAACCAGUUCUUUGCAUCAUCUCCUCCCGAUGUGCUGGAGAAACUGCCGCCUGAACUAACCGCCGAAUGGACGGACUUCUUUGUUGAAGGAAUCUACAACCUUCUGUUUCCUUUACCUGUCAGUAUCACAGAUGCGUUCUCUGAACCGGAUGACCCCGUUUUCCCUCUGGCGGUGCUGCAGUCCGUCGGCGCGGCACUGAUGUAUGUGCCUGUGCAGCAGCUGAAACAGAACUCGCUGCCGCCGCGGUUCAUAGCGGACCAGAAGACCAACCUGCCAGAGCCCCUGCAGACGCUGCUCAACACCUUCUGUCCUCUGCUGCUCUUCAAGGCCAGGCCUCUGCAGAUCACUGUCUACCACUUGUUAGAAAAGGUCAUGCCUCAGCUGCCAGAGUGUGAUGGAGAAGGAGACAACAGCAAGUCUGAUGAUGAUAGUGAUGAGCCAUGUCUGUCUCCUCCCGCGUCUCUGAUGUCCGUCCUGUCCACCUGUGAGGAGCUGUGUGACAGCAUCCUCGCCGGGGUUCAAGUAGGAGAGUUUGCCGUGGUCCAGCCUCUCAGCGUGGAGUACUCCUGCAUCUUGGGGUACUUGUUAGCCUGGAAGCUGCUCCUCACGUUUUUCAAAUCCUCACCUUCCCAUCUGCGAGCCCAUUACGCCCAGUUUCUUAGGAGAAGCUGCUCCCUUAACAAGCUCCUCCUCCACCUCUUCAAACUGAUGCCAGAGAACCCCAUCUAUCCUAACCAGGGGCCAGAGACCAAGGAGACCAAGACCUUCUUUACAGAGAGCCAGUCUCUGGCUGUUCACAACGGCGACAGUGUUGAGUGGGAGCUCCAUCACCUGGCCUGCAGCGUGUACUAUAGCACGGUGCAGGACCUGCCCGCGAUGGUGCGCCUCUGGUGGAACAGCCAGGAGAAGAGAGUGAGCGCCGCCGUGGAGAAGUUCACCAUAAAAUACGUCAGCCCCGUUCUCUCCGCGCAGGAAAUCGCGUCCGUCCACACGAGCACUCAGAUGUUUGACAGCAUGACCGUGAAGGCCCGCUCGGCGGCGCGGGAGGUGAUUGCAACGUACUCCGUGGAUGACAUCUUCAUCGAGUUGGUGAUUCAGCUCCCACAAAACUGCCCUCUCGGCUCCAUCACUGUGGAGAGCGGGAGGCGCGUGGGAGUCGCUGUGCAGCAGUGGAGGAACUGGAUGCUGCAGCUGAGCACCUACCUCACACAUCAGAACGGCAGCAUAAUGGAAGGCUUGGCUCUGUGGAAGAACAACGUGGAUAAACGCUUCGAGGGAAUCGAGGAUUGCAUGAUCUGCUUCUCCGUCAUCCACGGCUCCAACUACUCGCUACCUAAGAAGGGCUGCCGCACCUGCAAAAAGAAAUUCCACUCGGCGUGUCUGUACAAAUGGUUCACAUCCAGCAAUAAGUCCACCUGUCCUCUGUGCAGAGAAACGUUCUUCUAACGCAGUCGUUGGCCCACGACGUAAAGGUUGCUGGUGUUUGGGAUUCACACAAUGAAAUUCCUUCUCUGGGGUGUUUGACUGAAUUAGCUUCAUUAUCUUGUUUCAUAUUAGUGGCAAUUAAGUAGAGUAACAACUAGUGAUAAUUAUAUUUCAGUGAAUAAACUGUUAAUUGUUUAUCAGUGCUUAACUGGAAUGUAUAUGCACAACAUUAUAAGAUCCUUGCCGGUGAUUUUCAAUAAUAUUAGUCACAGUUUUUAUCAUUUUGCAGACCUGAUUAUUUUUUUAAUUUUCUUUUUUUUUAGUUGUACAAGUGUAAGUUGAAUCACAAAGUUGGAAAAAACAAAAAGGCCUUCAAUUGUAAAUCAGCACCUGUUUAAAUGAUAAUAGUAAUUUUACAAAUGAAAAAUGGUCUCAAUAUUGCAAUUUCCAGAGAAGGUUUUAAAGGUAUUUCCUAAUAUUUAGGAGUGUAAAGAGAUCAUGUCUGAUUCUGGACAUUCCUUAUCCCAGCAUGACAUGGUAACGUGACCUGGUGAAAAGCUGGAAAGGGAACUUCUUUGGGGUGGAUUUUAAUUUCAGAAUGCCAAUGCCUCCCUUGUGCCUGUAUACAGCUGUUAACGAUGCUGGAAAAUGAAUAAAUACCAUUAAAAGAU